AUGGUUCUUUCUUCAUCAUCUACAGGUCGCCGGAAUGAGACUCCCUCUCAUCAUCAGCAAAAUAUUUCAUUUGAUGAAAUUGAUGAAGGCCUACUCUCGCAGUUUCAACAAGCUCUUCAACAAAAUGGAACCACAUCAUCCUCUCCUCGCUCUAUAAUCGAUCAUGAUGAUCAUCACCCGAACCCAAUUUCAUCCUUUCUCCAAUUCCAAAUGAAAAAGGAAAACGAAGAGUCUUGUUCCUUUCUCAUUUUUUUAGUAUUCGAUUUGGAAACGAAUCAUUUCACUCCAAUGAAUAAUUUCCCAUCCUUGGCUCGACACCUAUGCUACCACGAGAAUUCUGUAAAGCAAUUGAUUGACACUCGAGUGCUCGAGUUGAAAAAAUUUGGAACCACUCGUAUCCGAAUGGAUUAUGUCAGAACAACAAGUUCACAACAACAAGGUUCAACAAAUCAUCAUGAUUUUCUUCCGUGGCAUGGUCAUGUCGUUAUUUUGACAAAACAAUAUUUACAGAGCUCUUUGAUCGAUGCUCAGUCAUGCAUGGAAAUGAUGCGUGAAUUGGCCAAGAGAAUUUCCUUUGAUUUGAAUUAUUAUCAAGUUAAAACGUUGAUUCUAUUUCCUCUGAUGUUUCAUUCGCAAUUGUAUGAGUUUAAAUAUUGGAACAAGUAUGGAUGCAAACCUGAAUUCUGGAAGGACGCGUUUUCUACUCAUUUGCAAACCGUUCAACAAUGUUAUGUCAUUUCACAACCAGGAACGACAUGGGACAAUCGAAGAAACAACUUUACAGUGGUCACUUACAAUUUACUCGCUCAAAGUUAUAUCAGAGACAAGCUCUAUUAUUACUGCAAUAAGGAAGAUUUGAAAGAAAAUGUUCGUGCUCAGAGAAUACUCAAACAAUUGCAAGAAAUAGAAGGAGACAUUUUAAUGUUUCAAGAAAUAGAGAGCAAUGUGUUGCGAGUCGUCAAGAAUGCUGUCACCGAUGCGUUUUCAAUUUUUGAAAAGAAGAAAGACCGUGAAGAAGGAUUGGCUCUUGUUAUUGACAAGAUGUAUUGGGAUGUCCUGGAUUCUGGCUGUUAUGUAUUGAAAUUAGAUGAACCUCAGAAAAUGGUCUAUGCCAUAUGUGUUCACAAAAAAACCAAACGCAAAAUUAUUGUUGCCACAACCCAUCUAAUUGGUGAUCCACAAAAGUUAGAUGUGCAAGCCGAGCAAGCGAACUCUGCCAUUAAUUUACUUACUUUUAUACGAGAGCAGCAUGAUUUUAAAUCGGAUAUCAAGUGUUCUGCAAUCAUUAUUGGAGGAGAUUUCAAUGCAGAUGUUCGUUCUAAAUGCUAUUCUCUCUUUUUGAACAAUGGAUACAAGAGCUCUGUUAAGGAAAUUCAUGGAAACGAACUUGAAAUUACUUUUAACACCAAUUCCAUUCAUAAGUGCAUUGAUUUUUUGUUUGUGAAAACAUGUAGUCCACUAGGUCAGCAGCCCCAAGUGGACUGCAAUAAGAGUAUACAUCAACCUCAAAUUAUCAUUAAGGAAAAUGAAUUUCUUCCCAACCAAAUUCAUGGCUCAGACCACAUUCCCGUCUAUGCUUGCUUUUCUGUGAAUUAG